AUGGCGGAUGCGAACACAUCGAACGAAGAGGUCACUGAAAGUAAUCUUCAUCUUGGCGAUGAUCUGGACGAAAGAGCGUUAAUUUCCCUCGAAGAAACAUUACAAAGAAUCGAAGAAAGUUACCUGGAAAAUCCGAUUCAUUAUACUCUUUCCUCUGGGGGUGCACAAGGCAGUGAUUUGCACUGGCAAAAUAUGGGUGCCAAAUAUGGCGUCCGCGUGAAGGCAUUUUCCUUCGAGGGUCAUGGCAAACGGAAUAUUGCUCGAAUCGUUUUAGCGGAUUGGCAGUUAAAACAAGCCGAUGAACACUUGCACAAAGCUAACAAAACUUUAAAGAGACAUUUUCCGACUAGUAAAAGUUUCGUAGAUAAUUUGCUUCGCAGAAACUGGUAUCAAGUGAAAGACGCUAAUGGCGUAUUCGCUGUUGGUAAACUCUGUGCAAGCGGGAAAAUAGUUGAAGGUGGGACAGGAUGGGCUGUACAAAUGGCCAUAGACGCUAGAAAGCCUGUUUAUGUAUUUGACUUUGGGGUUGGUUCCUGGAAAAGAUAUGAUUAUGACAAACAGAAGUUUCUAUCAUGUAAGGUGCCAAGGUUGACCUUGAAUUUUACCGGCAUUGGAACGAGGAUUUUACCAGAGGAAGGUAAAACUGCCAUUGAAAGAGUAUUUAAAGAAACUUUUGGAACAUUACCUAGAUCAAACAAUGGCACAUGAAGUACUUAUACGUUGUUUAAUGUCAUAAGAUAAAAGUAGACCUGCUCCGUGGGAACGCUGUGCCUAAUGUGUUGUUGGAUAUGCAGUGCCGAUUAGGCCUAAUAAGGACAAAACGGCUGUCCACUAAGGUUUGCCUAUCAAUUUGGCCAUAGGUUUGCCCAUCCAAGUGGCUAUGGUUGUCUACCAUUCAAACACAGAUAAAAAGAAAGCUUCAUUGUUUGUUCAAUGCAAGAUUAUGACUAAAAAUUCAAGCUGAUAUAUUCAAUUUUAGUAAAAUCCAACUAGUGGUGUAUUAUCAAUGCUGCAUUCUGAGUGGUUAAGCUACUACUAGGCUAUAUGUCAUAGCCCACUAGUAGCGAAAAGCGCCGCUUUUUGGCGGCAAAAAUGAAUUAAAGUCUAGCUUAACUAGCUAAAGUUGUUUAGUCUCAAUAUUUUUUACCAACUAGUUGGAUUUUACUAAAACAAUGAUUCCUCUUGCCCUCAUGGCCUCUGAGUCAAUAGCCCAUUCGGCCUUCAGCCUCGUGGGCUAUUGACUCAAAGCCCAUUCGGGCUCGAGGAAUAAUUAUUGUUAAAUAUACUGACGCUUACUCCUCCACUCAAAGAAAGAAUUUAACUACUUCUACAUCUUGGGCUACAUGUAGCCCAAGAUAAGACAGGCAUUACGAACACAGAGGCCCAAAGAGAAAGUGGGAUCUGUACCCGGGAUGGAUAGAGCAUAACGCAAAUGAGGCAUGUGCUUUAUCUUUUCUUGUCUAGCACUUUCUUCUUGAUAUUGCAAUAAAUACCUGACUUUUUUUGUGUAUGAGAUCUUAUUAUAAUGUUAAUUUAGUAGCGACUAUUAAUCACUGUUUCAUGUUUGAAAGGUGUGAUAAUUUUAGUUGACCACUUUCACAUGUGCUGUGUUUACAGUCUUCCCUCAAGGGUAUUGUAAUGUUGAUCUUGAUUUUACACUCAUUAAUAUCACAUACAACUUUUCUCAUAGAUUCAACUUAUUAGAGGUGGGAGCAUCAAUUUGCUUGGUAAUUCUUCAAAAUAAGAACUGCAAAGUUUUGUAAGGAAACUGAUAACUUUUUUACCUAAAGAAUCAAUAAACGAAGCCUUAAAUUUCAAGAACCGUUGAGUAAGCAUGUGAAUUUCCUUAAUUUGCAACCUUUUCCAUAAUUCCCUGACAUAAACGGCCCUUUCAAUACUUAGUUGACGUGCUACAAAGUAAACCUUGUUCUUUUUCUCACUCUUUUUAUUUCUUUUCAUACGUACUACGCAACUACGAGUAGUAGAACCGUAGUUUCGAAAAUCCACCUCAUAAAACAUGCGCCUCUCAUGAAAUUAUGUGCACCCAGUUUUGUUUAUCUCUAGCGUGUUCCAGGCUUUUAGAUCGAUUUAAAAGAGCGACGCGAAGUAAGAAUGCCGUUACGAUUCGAAGAUUUUUCGCUCAACACAGUGUUGAAAGUUGGCUUCGUAAGUUUAAGGAGAUGUUACACGGGAAGAUUUACAACGAAAACUUUUAAUUGCACGCGGAAAUCCGAUGGAAACAGACAUGUAGCCUGCGAACACAGACGUAUUUUCGGUCGUCGCUUCUCUCCACCUGAAAAAUAAAAAAACUAUCCAGUCUUAACGCCUGGAACAGGCUUGAUAUCUUUCACCCACUGCUCACUAGGUGAAAUAUUUUAGAUGGUAUAUUAGUUGAUACGAUUUUAUAGCCAAAUCUGGCCUAAUCAAAAUGAUAUUUGACAUGACAAAACGUUGACUCUUUUUCUUUUCACACUUCUUGGCCUCGAGCACAAAAACUGAAUACUCAUGUUGCACUAGCGAUUUCAAGUAAGGGUUUCCAUCCUUCUUUCUGGUUUAAUUUACGUUAAGUUCAGUUGAAAAUCGACGGAUUAUUCAUCAGUUGAAUGCACAAAUUAAUUUCAAUGAAUGCUCAUGAUCUAUCAAGCCCCAGUGGUUUCGAUAGGUGUGAUUUCUUUUGACUAACGGUUUUUUAACACCUUUUUCAGCGCGUUGGUAAACGUGAAAAAUUACUCUGUCUUUUUUUUCUUUUUUGGUAAGAAAAAAAGUCUUAAUGUUUUUAGACGUGUGCAUCAUUUUAGCUUACAUGAAAGACUUGAUCGCGAAGGAGAUAUUUUUAUUGCUAUUCAGAAAAUCCAGUUGUUCUCUACUUUUUACUCCGUUUUAUUAUUCUCAUUACACUUGGCAAUAAUCACAAAGUCUUUUUGUUAAACGAAAAUCACAAGUUUUCUGUUGAAAUACUUAAACCACGCGCAUGACAAGAAUCUUUAACAGGGCGCGCUUCCAAAAAAUUUCUCGCCUGCGACCAACCGCCUCGCUUGGGGGACAUCGUUUCAUGCGCGCUUCACACGCGGAAGGGGAUUUGAGAGCGAUCUCGGCCUAUUUCGACUAAACUCACAGGAAGCGAUGGUUCGCGCACAUUUCUGAAAGUUUUCGGUGUCGUUACGCUGUCGCGCUUAAGUGUUGCAAGUUCAAUCUCAUAUGUAUGCCUCUCUNCAAGCCCCAGUGGUUUCGAUAGGUGUGAUUUCUUUUGACUAACGGUUUUUUAACACCUUUUUCAGCGCGUUGGUAAACGUGAAAAAUUACUCUGUCUUUUUUUUCUUUUUUGGUAAGAAAAAAAGUCUUAAUGUUUUUAGACGUGUGCAUCAUUUUAGCUUACAUGAAAGACUUGAUCGCGAAGGAGAUAUUUUUAUUGCUAUUCAGAAAAUCCAGUUGUUCUCUACUUUUUACUCCGUUUUAUUAUUCUCAUUACACUUGGCAAUAAUCACAAAGUCUUUUUGUUAAACGAAAAUCACAAGUUUUCUGUUGAAAUACUUAAACCACGCGCAUGACAAGAAUCUUUAACAGGGCGCGCUUCCAAAAAAUUUCUCGCCUGCGACCAACCGCCUCGCUUGGGGGACAUCGUUUCAUGCGCGCUUCACACGCGGAAGGGGAUUUGAGAGCGAUCUCGGCCUAUUUCGACUAAACUCACAGGAAGCGAUGGUUCGCGCACAUUUCUGAAAGUUUUCGGUGUCGUUACGCUGUCGCGCUUAAGUGUUGCAAGUUCAAUCUCAUAUGUAUGCCUCUCUUACAACUGUUAUAUUUUGGCCGUUCAGUUCAUUUUUUCAAACUGAAAAUGAUCAAGCAAAAAAAGGCGUUUCAGCAUCUCGCAACUCGACACAACAAACAAACUUUUAUGAAAAUGUUUAGGUGAUAAAUUCAAAUAGUGUUCUUAAGUAGGAGAUGAAAUGUAUCAUUGUUCUUUAAAGCCAUUUUGAGCCAAUGAUGAGGUGAGACAAAUCAACCAGUAGGUGUGAUAAUAAGGAUCUAAACCAUAAUGCAGAGUUCUUUUUAAUUCCUUUCAAUUUGUAAACAAUAGCUUUAGAAACAACACGCGUCCUUCUAAACACAUAAAUAAGCGCGAUGUUAGUUCACUUUAUCAGUUUUCAUAACUGCUUGCAACUGUAAUCUCGAUAAGUUUAUUUCAUCAUUUUAACGUACAAGAUGAACUCAGUGGAAUCUGUGAGAAGGAAGUUAACCUUCGACGAACCACUAACCGUCAGCCGAAAAAAAACUGAUCUCAACCGAUCGCGUCGUCGUCUGGAUUUCGGGGAAUCAGACCCUGUGGUGUUGCAAAACUGUCCAGGUAAGCGAGCAUUUUUAGACUUUGAAAACAGUUCAUUAAGUGAAAUGAAAGUGCUACUGGAGCUACUAUAGAGUUCACAGGUACACCUUUAGAAUUCAGCUUAGUCUGAUUUGAUGUUACAGUCUAUUUUAGAUUAAAACUGGAAACCGGUCAUUACGAUACACAGUGAAAUUGCACAAAAAGUCCGUCCUUUUCAAGUAACAUUAGCGCGUGAACAGGAAAAACAUCAGUUUUGGGUAAAUCUUCUUCGUUCUUAAAAAUUCAAGGAUGCGAAACUAUUUACACCUCGACUGAAUAACCUUGCAUCGAAACGACUUGUAUCAAAACGACUGGUAACCUUAAAAAUCAAAUUAUUCAACACGGUUAAGUUUAGGACGGCUCUAGAAGAGGUUUUUGAGGGUACAAGGACAGGCGGGUUCCAAAGUGUGGUUCAGUCAACCAAACUUCGGUCGUAUGUGUUAUCGGGGCUUGGACGCCUUGGUUCUAGUCAGUACACGUGAAAACAACGAAAAUGUUUUACAAAAGUGGCCAUUGCUGUAAAGAUUAAGGCCCUCUUCGCACUGCUCAAAAUUUUGUUUGUUUUGCAUAAAAAAAGACCUAAGUGACAGCUACAGUUUUAUGGUAGAUUUAUUAAAAGUUUUCAAGUUUUCAAAGUUUUCACCUUAAUACUUGUAUUAACCCUAGAUAACAACCAGGUCUAGCUUGAGUCUAGCAGUAAAUUUUGGGUAGUGCUUGCAGAUUGAUGGAUUGACUCUCGCGUGCUUGCGUGUUCACAAAAAGAGCGCCACCCACGAGAACAGAAGUCUGUUACAUCGUAUUUCCUCAUUGCGAUGAUUUAUGUUUAAACUAUAGAGCGAGACCAAUAACGAUGGUAAUAAGAGAAUUUAUUUUUCACUUCAGAUUUGCUUCCCAAUCGCACUGAGCCUACCCCAGUGACUGGACCUUCGUCACCACCCUGGUCGAGGAAUGACCGGAUAACCUUUACUACUGAGCACAGAUGGCAACUGGAGGCUUUGUUCCGGAGGAAUAUGUUUCCAAACCGCGCAGAGAAAACCGCUCUUGCUGAGAGACUUGGCGUGCCUCCCGAGAAAGUCAUGGUAUGUCUAAGUCAAAUGUAUUAUAGUGACAUAUUCGCCCCAUAAAAAGAUCGCCGAAAUUCGACCGACUUCGUACCCCAAAUUCUAAGUAUGUUGUUGUAAAGAAGACCCAUUCGAUAUAAAGCACGAGAAAUUAAAUUAAAUACCCGUUUAAUGGAUCUUAGUUAGAAUACUUGUGGGGAAGAUUCAGUACGUAAUGGAAAUAAGUCCUUGAAUUUCAAUGCUAACUCAAUAAGGAGAACUGAAAAGGAAAAGGAGCAAACACAAAGACCUCCUGAUGUGGAAGAACUAAGAAAAGACAUAGAUUCAAGGCUCUUUUUUUGCACUGAAUGUAGUCCUUGAAAAAUGCGAAAUGUUUCCUUGAAAGUCCUUGAAUUUUUUGUUCAAAAAAGGAUACGAACCCUGAAUAUGGUAUAAGACUAGUAGCGGUGAAAAAGGCACAAUGCGCGCUUGUCUACCUACAGAAUUCCAUCUUUACAAUUUUUGUUCAAAAAGUGAAUUUAGCUAAAAAAUCAUUCAAACUUCAUCUGUGUAUCACUAUGUUUAAUACGGUUAAGUUAUUAAGCAAAUGCAAUGUUUAUCAAAGUGGGUGCCUUUUCUGAACUAUUAAAUUUGCUUACUAAAUGAUCACGUAAACGCAUUAGAAAUGUUUCUUUCGCAUGACUUAACUUCGUUUGACUACUACCGCUAUUUUUACACGUGAACAUUUCGAGUAAUAUAACUUGUACGCAGAUAUCGCCCUUUUGGAAUGGAUAGAAAUAUCAGAUAAUUCAAUGGUUGAAUUCUAAAGCUUGAUUUCACUUGCUCUCAGUGUAGCAAUGAUUGACAUAUAUUUUUUUCCGCACUCUUUUAGACCUGGUUCAAUAAUCGCCGCCACAGAUGGAGAAAGGAACUGAAAAAAAGUCUCCUCGGAUCUUCCGUUCCCGGAUACCGCUUUACGCUACUAGGUUCCUCGUUGUUUCCAACCUCCUCCAAGAGAUAUCUCAAUGGCAACGUUGGAUUUAGUCGCUCUGCUGAGUUCCAAACCAACCGGUUUCCAUCCACGCCGUACCCUGUGGGAGUGCCACUGCCACCAGCAUCAACCCGGAUCUCCAGGCCUCCUCCACCUAAGCAGAUUCCAUGGCAACAAGUUUAUCCGCGGUUCCCGGCAGCGGCAGUGCGCAAGGUUCCUCAGCAACUCAGCAACACCCAGUCACUCAUUGCCAGUCCAGCGCAGCCUGUUUGUACCCAAGCCAGCAAGGCCGUUUCCAACCCGCCUGAAGUCCGCCAAGCAUCUGCACCAGAAACCAAGUCCCUCGCCGACGAUUUUCCAUUUCUGCACUCUGUUGCAAAGGACCUUCCACACAUUUUUGGCAACUUGGACGAAGAAAAGGGCCAGGAGCGUCCGCUGACUCCCUCGCUUGAACCAUUAACUGAGAUGGAAUCAAUUUGUGACUCCAAUUCACUUGCCUCAGAUCAGGCUGACGAAACGUCAAGUCAGUCCAGUGUAACCAGUGAAGAGUCAGCCAACGGCGAAUACGUUCAGUCCCGCACAUAUAAUUCCUGUUGCUUUGGAAACGACAGUGACUUUUCCCGCGGAUUUGUUUCCAACGGAAGAACAUUUAGGUUUUUUAGGCAAGAUUAA